UGCAUCCUCGAGCCGGUUAUAAUCCUCCGUACCACUGUUCACCCGUACCGGCACUCGAUCCUCCGACGCAGCGCGCGCGAUUUGUUUGGUUUUUAUUUUCCAAAGAAAUUCAAAACGCCAUUUUCUUAUUUUAAUUUUCUCAGAUAAUUUUAAACUGAAGAGGUUUGUUUCUGCCGGCGGGACAGACUCGGCGACACCGGGGCACCAAGCGGGGAUAACAGCGAGGCUUCAGCUUAUUAUUGCCCAGGACACUGGACGUUAUUCCUGCUCGAUAGGACGCUACUUUUGGAUUACUUUGACACACAGUUUGUGACUGGAAUACACUACAAAUAUCGCUAAAAUAAUUCAUCUGCUGGUUUUCAGCAUGUCGCUUUUCUUAAGUGGAUAAUACAACCCUCACUUAGCUGAGCGGAUGCAGGGACUUCUGUGCGCUUUGUGCAGGCGGUAGCUACGAGAAAAGACUAACCUGCAACUGAACAACAGAAUCGAAAUAUUUAAGAAGCAUUUUGUGCAUUUAGGAACUGUCCCCCCAACUUAUCUGUCAGUCUCUUGGACUGAAUCCUGCGCCCUUAUAAACUCAGAGAAACCUGUGAAGGCAAGAUCACCAUCAGGAUGCAUCGCAGCUGAAACCCACAAGUACGGGAGUUCGGUGCUGAAAUCAGAUCGGGCGGACCUCCACCUCCCUCCUGGACCUGGAUAGGAGCCGAAUCAGGAUGACUCCUGCCGGUGCGAUGAUCUUGCUCCCGGUGCUGUGCCUGGUCUCUGGAGCCUCCUGGGCAGCGACCCUGGGCGGACUGGAAGGCGAGUACAACCGGCAUGACACCAUUCUGGAUACAAAGAAGUUUGGGGGCGUGACCAACUUCAGCACCGUCCUACUGGACCGUUCAUCAGGCAUGCUGUACCUGGGUGCCAGGGAUGCCAUAUUGUCCGUGGACACCAAUAGACUGGACAAACCACCGCGCAAUAUUACUUGGGACGUGCCGGAGGAGAAGAGAAAGUCUUGUGUGGCAAAGGGAAAGACAGAGGUGGACUGCCACAACUACAUCCGCCUGCUGGAGUUUCUGGGAGAUGGACGUAUCUAUGCGUGUGGCACCUACGCCUUCGACCCCCAGUGUGCCUUCCUGGAGCUCUCCUCCUUCACCCUGGAGAAAGCUGAGGAUGGAGGAAUUAAGAUGGAGACGGGGAAGGGCAAGUGUCCUUUUGAGCCCAGUCAGCACUACACAGCUGUUAUGGCAGGUGGUACUUUAUACACAGCAGCCACCAUUAACUUCCUGGGAACGCUGUUCGACAUCUCCCGGGCAACAGGCCCUGAGCAGGAGCGCAUCCGAACUGAACGAUCCAUCAACUGGCUCAAUGACCCAGAGUUUGUGAGCUCGGCCUUCAUAGAGCAGUCUGCAGACAGCAACCCGACAGGAGAUGAUGACAAAAUCUACUUCUUUUUCACUGAGGUGGCCAAAGAGUACGAUCUCUACACCAAAGUCAAGGUCCCCAGGGUGGCACGAGUCUGCAAGUCGGAUGUGGGAGGGAUGAAGACGCUGCAGCGACGUUGGACCACCUUCCUCAAGACCCAGCUGGUGUGCGAGGACAAACCCAGCAGUCAGCGCUACAACAUCCUGACUGAUGUUUUCACCAUGCAACACACACCAGGCGACGCUAGCAGCACACACUUCUACGGACUCUUCACCUCCCAGUGGGAGCAUGAGGCAUUGUCAGCAGUGUGUGUUUUCAGUUUGUCGGACAUCAACAAAGUGAUGGACGGUCCCUUUAAAGAGCUGAAGAAGACCUGCGAGAACUGGAUCAACCCUGAACCUGUCCCCACACCAAGGCCAGGCCAGUGUUUGAACAAUGCAUUAAAGGCCGAAGGUUUUGAGUCAUCCCUAAAACUCCCAGACAAGGUGCUGACGUUCGUGAGGGACCACCCUCUGAUGGAGAACAGUGUUACUGCAGCACCCCUGCUGGUCCGCAAGGGAAUCAGAUACACCAAGCUGGCAGUAACCCCAAUGGGCAGCAGAGUGGAGCCAAUACGAGUAGUGCUGCACCUUGGAACAGACCGUGGGGAGCUCCACCAGGUGGAGGUAAUGGGCCAGAACGCCACCUUACUGCAGGAGAUUCCUCUGUUCACCCCACUGGAGCCUGUUAACAACAUAUUGCUCCACAAGGGCCGGGCUCUGGUGGGCAGCCCCCUGUCUCUGGCUCGUGUCCAGGCUGAAGGCUGCGCUUUGUAUCCCGACUGUGAGGUGUGUGCCAGAGCCAGAGAACUGGGCUGUGUGUGGAGCCCAAAGGAAGAAGCCUGCAGGAACACAGCAACAAAGCCUGGUCCAGGUGAUACUGUAGAUGAUGCCUUGAGGAAAUGUGAUAAAAGAGAGGUGCGUUGCUCCCCAUCCGUCAGGGAGCUGCAGGUUUUUGUCGGUCUCCGCCUCCUGUUGCCAUGUGUCCAGCUGUCUCCCAGGCCCUGUAGCUGGGAGCAUCCUCCCCACCGACACACCAGGCAUCACCACUCAGACCUGGAGGUGACUGUUACCAAGGAAAACCUGGGAAAAUACACCUGCACAUGCCAGGAGAUGGGACCAGGGAACAGAGAACCUACCCCCUGCCUGAGAGCGAUCUAUCACCUGACACUGGAAGGCCCCAGUGCUGGAGGAACAGUGGCGACAGCCGGAAAUCGUCACGUCCUGGCCAUCUACAUCCUUUUCUUCUGCGGGGGUUUAGCGUUGGGUGCAUUUGUCCUGCACGUCAUAACCCGGCGGCGUAGCAUUGGCCACCAGGGCCACCACCUGCCAGAUAAUUCGCUAUCGUCAGAGAAGGGACGGGACUUGCUGGGCUCCUCAGCCACUCCACAGUCCCCCAGCAGUGCCAGCUUGCUGUCCGAGGGAUUCCGAAUGACAGAAAAACGAAACGGGACGGCGACAACAACCACAACAACUACCCUCCUCAGCAACCAGGGUAAUGGUGGUCACCAUGGUAACAGUUAUAGUGGCACCUUGAUCCACGGCAAUCCAAGCAAUGGCAACGGGAAUGCCCUAUAUGCCAACUGCAACACGAGUAACAGUGGGCUGAGGUUCUCCUCAGAAAUCUUUACCACAGACAUACUGGAUGGAAGGACAGGGGAGAGGGAGACGCCCAAGGGGAGAGAGAGGGAGUCAGGGGAGGGGGACGAGGUGGAUGAAGGCCUGGGGGACGGUUUUGGGGAAGGAAUAAAGAGACUAGAGGAGGAGCUCAGCAGCUUUCCCAUGUUAAAAUCCCCAGCACCACUGGCUAAGUGUGAAGAAAGUUCAAUAUGACAAGGUGAUAAAGAUAUACGAUCGACUGCACCAUUAUGCAUCCUCCAUGCAAAAUGGCAACUGCCAAAUGCCUUUGAAUGGGAGCUGUGUCACGAAGAGAGACUACUGAGGUGUAUCUACAGAGGAGAAACAUAGGGACAAUGGGAUAGACUGCUUAUUUUGUUUCACCAAGGAUGACAGCAACAUUAAAUAAACGUAUCUGAUGUAAAUAUAAAAAAUACAACUGUAAAUAGAAGCUGUCUGAAGCUAACGACAAACAUGAAAGUGAGCAUGUUAUUGAGCAAUUGAAAUGUUAUAAAGAAUCAAAGAUGAAAUACCCACAUGUGAGGAAAAAAGCCAUAUUGUCCUUAACUUCUGUUGUUGUUUGCUCUCUUGUUCUCUUCUUGUACUGACACUGCAAGAGCACUUUGAAUCUUUCAGCACCUCUCUCUGUCUCUCUGUAUUCCUAUUUGUCUCUGAAUCCCAGACCUUUAUGGGUCCACAGGCACCAAAGGACUCCUGAGCCACAGGCUGCACAGGCCUCGGCCUCCAGAGAACCAUAAAGAACCAUAACUUUGCAGCAGAGCCUUCACAUGGCCGACGGUGACCAUGACAGGUUUGUCCCUGCGGAAAAUUGACAGUGCUCAGCAAGAAACUGUUACUGAAGCUGAGAAUUUGGUAAUGCUGAGGAUUUUCAGACUGGAUCUCGCAAGACACAAAGCCACCAUCAUUUUGUUUUGUGACUUUGAACAUAAAAAUGUAUUGUUUUAGUCAUGUUGUUUUGUAAUAAAGCCUAAAAAUGUUGCUGUUAA